UUCUCCAAAACAUAUAUUUCAUUCAUUUGCUAAGUUAACUUUUGAAAAAGAAAAAAAAAAACUAACAAAAAUAGUUAUGACUGUAGCCCACUUAUACUGUCUUAUAACCAUGGAGAAGAGUUCCUUGUCUGAAUGCAAACACUCUUCUUCUUGUUCUUCUUCUUCUUCUUUCCCUUUGUUUGGCCUGAUCGAUUUCCUCCUCAUCAGUUUUUUCAAAUGGGUUUCUUUUGCUCAGAUCUUUUUCCUCAGAUUUUGGCCUCUUUUACAACACCAGCAGCUAUGUGUUUCCGAGAAGAAGAGCAAAGAUGUCGAGUUCCAGAGUUCGAUCAAACAUGAAGAAUAUGAUGAUGAUGAUGGUCUUUGCAGAGAAGAUGCAGAAAUGGUGAUGAAAAGGUUAGGACUUUUCACCGACCAAGAAAGCGAGGGACUUCAACAAAGGUACAGUUCCGAGGAGCUUUCGAAUCUGUUUGAAGAGAAAGAGCCAAGCUUGGAGGAAGUGAAGCAAGCUUUUGAUGUCUUUGAUGAAAACAGAGAUGGGUUUAUCGAUCCUAUAGAUUUGCAGAGAGUUUUGACCAUCCUUGGCUUAAGGCAAGGAUCUAACCUUGAUAAUUGCAGGAGAAUGAUCGGAUCAUUCGAUGGAAAUAAAGAUGGAAGAAUCGAUUUCCAUGGAUUUGUGAAGUUCAUGGAGAACAACUUCUGCUGAAAUCUUAUUUCCUGAAGUAACAAUCUUAUCAACUUUCUGCACUUCUUUUCUUCUUGCCUUCGUUCUUUGCUUUUGAGAUUGCAUCUGUUAAUAUGGUUGUCUCGUCACCUAUCUUGUAAAAAAAAUUAUCAUAAACUUUAAUAU